CAGUCUGCCGCCGGCUGGACCGCAGUCAACAUGAAGCUUUUUGCCUCGCGGUUGGCGUGUGCCCAGUGGAUUCACCGUCCGCCGAAAGAUGUCGAGAACCAAUAACAGCUUCAGGUGACGCUGGGCACCGCGAUGCUGCUGCUGAGCGGAGCGUGGGGCGCCCCGGCGACGCAGCAGACGAAGCAGUCGUCCAGGGCGACGCUGGACUUCAUCGCACACGAGCAGGCCUCGGGGGCGGCCGCUGCGGCACCCGGCGUGCCAGUGCGCCCCACGACGACCCCACCUCCCCCGCGGUCACCGCUGCGUCCCCCGUCCACCACCAGCAGCACGCAGCAGCACCAGCGCGUCGACGCCCCCGGCAUGCCCAAGAAGGACUGGGAGCUGGUGCCGCCCCGCCAGGCCUACGUGCCGCCGCAGCCCUCCACGCGGCCCUCCACGCGGCCCUCCGUGCAGCGGCCCACCCCGCCGACGUACGCGGGCGUCGUCAAGGACCACGUCAGGGACCAUGACAGGGACCACGUCAAGGACUACGGCCACGACCGCACCACGACACCGCGCGUCUACAACAUCCCCAUCUCCGUGGAGCCAGGCUACACGACGUCCACCGAGGCCAGCCGCUGGUACGACAAGCUGUUCGGCAAGAGCGUGGAGGCGGACGACAGCCCCUGGGGACGCCGCCGCCGCCAGGUCGCGGCCCCCGGAGCCGAGCAACGCGGCGAACAGAAGUCAGAAAUUGUGAUCGGCAGCAACGCGAUCCGCGUGGCCGGGGCCAGGCCCGCCAGGCCGCCGCAGUCCCCGCGCGCCCCCGCCAAGGUGGCCUGAAGAACGCAUCCCACAAAACAACCUCCACGACCUCCGCCAAAACGAACGAUACCAUUCACUUUUUAUAGUGCUAUUUUACUAGAAAGUAUUAGUGACGGUACAAUUAAAACUUGCUUUCCUAGUUUUGUAGCUCAUUUUCAUUAAUAUCAGAGCCAUUAUUCUGUCCUAUCUGCUGAGCCACCAAUAAAUGGUACCCCAAA